AUGCGACCUCUCAUCCGACAUCCGAAUAUAGCACUCGCACUGGCACGAAAUGCUCAAAGGAACAUAUCCAAUAUCCCACCGCCAAAGAGGAAAAGGGAGUUGAACCUUUUAUCUCAAUUUCAACGACCACCUCCUCGUACCCCCCUCAAAGAAGUGGUAGGAGAGUCAUCACAAUCUACCCAAGAUGGCUUUGAAGGAGAUGAAGAUCAGUUCAAGACUAGUUCGACCACUCCUGUGGUGUCAUCAAUUCAGGAAGUUCCAUCAGGUGAUCAAGGAAUGAAAAUCAUUGAUGCAAUUCCAGCUAUGAAGGAUAUUCCACCUUUAGAGGUACACGAGGGUAGACGAACGAGAGAAAUGGUCGUCCAAGGGGUCGGUAUACCUCCUAGACCCAUUCCACCAGGUGAAGAAGAAUGUUGUAUGUCAGGGUGUGUCAAUUGUGUGUAUACGAUCUACGCAGACGACCUGGAAGCAUAUAAGGAAGCUAUCGAACUAGCGAAAGAAAGACUCAAAAAGUCUAAUGUACCGGAGAAAGACUGGCCUGAGGAGAUGAAAGAUCAGAAAAGUGACGGAGAGAUGAAAGAAGAUGUGGUAAGGGAGGUCGAUCCUGUUAUGAGUGCUUUCCUUGCUCUCGAAAAUAAGUUGAAAAGCAAAUAG